CCAGGUGGCAGCAGGAGUUCCCUCGGGCAGGACCGAAGGAACUCGCGGCCGGGGAUUGUGUACACGCUCCACUGACACAAGCUUCACGCUGCCGGGCAGCCGCUGAUCACGCGUGGCCCCGCAAGCCCAUUGGCCGGCGCCUCACACACCUUUGUCGCUGAUUGGUCAGCCUCAGGCUCCGCCUCCGCCCCCGCCCGCGGCGCGGGGCAGGCGGAGCAGUUACCUGAAUGGGGAGGGGGCAGACGGCGCGGAGCGCGGCGGCAGCGGGAACGGCGUCGAGUGUCUCUGGGCGCCGGUCUGUGGCCAGGCAGCCUAGCAGCCGGUUCUGCUUGCCUCGGGCGGCCAGACAACCAUGCUCAAUUUCGGCGCUUCUCUCCAGCACGCUGAGGAGGAAAGAAUGGAAGUGAUUUCUGAAAGAUUAAAAGAAAGUGUGUAUUUCUGGAACAAAACUGCAGAGAAAAGUGAUUUUGAAGCUGUAGAAGCACUUAUGUCUAUGAGCUGCAGUUGGAAGUCUGAUUUUAAGAAAUACAUUGAAAACAGACCUGUUACUCCAGUGUCUGAUAUGUCAGAGGAAGAGAAUCUGCUCCCUGGUACACCAGAUUUUCAUACUAUCCCAGCAUUUUGUUUGACUCCGCCUUACAGUCCUUCUGACUUUGAACCCUCCAAUCUGAUGGGACCAGUGCCAUCUACUGGACACUUCAAAUCAUUUUCAGAUACUGCCAAACCUCACAUUGCUGCACCUUUCAAAGAGGAAGAUAAGAGUCCAGUACCUGCCCCCAAACUCCCCAAGGCUCAGGCAACAAGUGUAAUUCGUCAUACAGCUGACGCCCAACUGUGUAACCACCGAUCAUGCCCAGUGAAAGCAGCCAGCAUCCUCAACUAUCAGGACAAUUCUUUUAGGAGAAGAACCCACCUAAAUGUUGAGGCUGCAAGAAAAAACAUACCUUGUGCAGCUGUGUCACCAAACAGAUCCAAAUGUGAGAGAAACACAGUGGCAGAUGCUGAUGAGAAAGCAAAUGCUGCACUUUAUGACUUUUCUGUGCCUUCCUCAGAGACGGUCAUCUGUAGAUCUCAGCCAGCCCCCGUGUCCCCACAGCAAAAGUCAGUGUUGGUCUCUCCACCAGCGUUAUCAGCAGGGGGGGUGCCACCCAUGCCAGUCCUCUGUCAGAUGGUUCCCCUUCCUGCAAACAACCCUGUCGUAACAACAGUGGUUCCCAGCACUCCACCCAGCCAGCCACCAGCCGUCUGCCCACCUGUUGUGUUCAUGGGCGCUCAGGUGCCCAAAGGAGCCGUCAUGUUUGUCGUUCCCCAGCCUGUUGUCCAGAACCCGAAGCCUCCAGUGAUGAGCCCAAACGGCACCAGACUGUCUCCCAUUGCCCCGGCUCCAGGGUUUCCCCCUUCGGCAGCAAAAGUCGCUCCUCAGAUUGACUCAUCGAGGAUAAGAAGUCACAUCUGUAGCCACCCAGGAUGUGGCAAGACCUACUUUAAAAGUUCUCAUCUGAAAGCCCAUAUGAGAACACAUACAGGAGAAAAGCCUUUUAGCUGUAGCUGGAAAGGUUGUGAAAGGAGGUUUGCACGUUCUGAUGAACUGUCCAGACACCGACGAACCCACACAGGGGAGAAGAAAUUUGCCUGUCCCAUGUGUGACCGGCGGUUCAUGAGGAGUGACCACUUGACCAAGCAUGCCCGGCGCCAUCUGUCAGCCAAGAAGCUACCAAACUGGCAGAUGGAAGUGAGCAAGUUAAAUGACAUCGCUCUACCUCCAACCCCUGCUGCUACACAGUGACAGAUGACAAGGUGAAGAAUCAGAACUAACUUUGGUCACGGCCAGGAGCCAGUGGUGAUAGAAAAAUGCUGCCACUGCAAGUCUGUGGCACUCCGGUGGGGCCUAAAAUCGGAAGCCCCACAGUCUGGGGAGAAGGCCCAGCCGGGGUUAGAUGACAAGAAGUGCUGAAGCCACAGGCAGGUCGCAGAGUGGCAGGAUUCAUUGCUUACCACGUGAGAGAGAUGAGAAAGUUGUUAUUCCUUUAAAUCUUUCUUUGAAGGUUUCAGAUAAGGGCAAUGCAGGUGGCACAGAUUUUGAAUUUGUGUGAACAGUUUAUUACUUCACCAUUUAUAUUUGAGACCAACUUUUCAAUGUGAUUCUUCUAAAGCACUGGUUUCAAGAGCAGAGACUGGAAAUAAACAUUACGGUACAGAGACGGAGAUGGAAAAUUGAUCUGCAUUAUUAUGAAUAUUGUCAUCUUUUCCUAGAGUUAUCUUGUUUACUAUUCCUAGUCUUUCCAAUCAACUUUGUGGACUUAGUUGUUAAAUAUAUCUAGAACUAGCGUUUUUUCACUAUUACUUAUAUUUGGAAUUGAGCAUCUGUAUAUUGCUAAAGAGGGCCCCAACAAAUUGGAAUCCUCAAUAAUUUAAUUGCUUUGAAGUGUAGCUACAAUAUCUUUGCAUUUUUAUUUUGAAAGUUUAACAAAUGACUAUAUCUAGGCAUUUUAUUAUGCUUUGAACUUUAGUUUGCCUGCAGUUUCUUGUGUAGAUUUGGAAAUUGUAUACCAGUGUGUUUUCUGUAGACUUUAAGAUACACUGCACUUUGUUUAGCAAAGAAAAAAAAAUUCAAAGAUGAAAUUAUAUAUUGUAAAGAAGGGAUAUCAAGAAUUUUAGAUAACUCCUUGAAAAAGAUGGCUUAUGUCAUCAGUAAAGUAUCCUUAUGUUAUGAGGAUAUAACACAUGCUUUAUUGAAUUAGAAAGUUAAUGACUGUUAUUCACAAAUGGACAAAUUUUGUCCUGUUAAUUUAUAGGAGUUUUUUUGGGGGGAUGUGGAACUAGGUGGAUAGAAAAAUUGAACAUUCACUUUUGUUAACAGUAUUUCUGUUAUAGUCUGUGGGAUGAUGAUAUACACAGUGGUAAGUCAAAAGUGAGUUGUUUAAAAUAUAUAGUGAAAUUGUCACUAUAUCUUCCAAUUUAACAUCUUUAUAUUGGGUGUAGAUUUCUGACAUCAAAACUUGGGCCCUUCCUUGGAAAACAAAAAAGAGUUUUCUUUUAAUAAAAAAAAUCCUUGUGAUUUAGAAUUUGCACAAUACUUCUUUUGUUGUACUUUAUAUCUUGUUUACAAUAAAGAAAUUCCUUUGGUAUUUAUAA